UGUCCAGAGCUGAUGAGCAGGGUGGUACCUGGCAGGCAUCAUGACUGGUGGGUGGUUUUAUCAUAAGGAGACACAAACCAGAAUUUUUACUUUCACUUUCAUGCACUGGGUAUAUCAGGCCCAGAGCUUGUGUCUGGUGUACCUCAGAUGUGCAGCUGGUGACUGGAACCACACAGCUAAGGACAGCUGGGACACAUCCAAACUUGGCUGCAGGAAGAUUCCUUGUCCUUUUAGAUAGCUCCAAAACAGAAAAAGGAAAUGGAGGAGGCUUGAACACAGAGCCAUCAACCACGCUGGCCUUGGGGUGCUCUUCCCGACCAAAGAGAAUGAGGUUUUGAUUAAGAUGUACAAACUACUCGGUUUCAGCACAGCUUUGCUUGGCUCUGCAGUGUGAGCACUGAGGAAAAACUGAGGCACAACAGGCAGUGACUAUUCUAAAGUGCAUCAAGGAGGCUGAACAGUGAGGCUCAUGGGAGUUCUCAUCUCAUAAAUGAUGCUGGUCCCUAAUAAGCCUGCACACCUGGAGAGCAGUAAGAAAAAACUUGUCAAAAUCCAAUGGAUUGGAAUGAGAUCUUAGAGGGCAUUAAGAAAGUGGAACGUCGCAUUGUUGAAAAAGCCAUUGAUAACUUCACGGAAAAGUUCUUAAGAACAGAUCUGAGGAGCCUUAUAACUGAAGAUGGAGCCUGGAAUGGAUUUGUGGAAGCAGCAGAGUUGUCAAGGGAGGAGGGAGAAGCACUGCGUGAUGCUCUGAAGGAACGUUUAGCACAGGAUCCCACAGAUGAAAAUGACAGACCUCAAAGGGAACAGCAGAAAGAGCGGUUUCUGCGAGAGUUUCCUCAGUUGAAGAAGAAACUUGAGGACCACAUUAGGAAGCUCCGAGAGCUGGCUGACAAAUUUGACCAGGUGCACAAGGACUGCACCAUCUCUAAUGUGGUGUCCACUUCUGCUAGUGCUGCCUCCGGAGUCCUGGCCCUCCUUGGUUUGGCUCUGUCAACCGUUACAGCAGGGGCCAGUCUGGCACUCUCAGCAUCCUCUGUGGCUCUGGGAGCAACAUCAUCUGUGAGUAGCUUUACGACCACCGCUGUGGAAGAAUCAAUGAGACUGUCAUAUGAAUCUGAAGCCAGAAACCUGAUUGGAGCCAGCAUGAACGUUCUUGAAGAGAUCUUAAAGAUCAUGCCCAAGAUCACAUACAAGUUUUAUAGUACAGUUGCAGAUUUAGCCGAAGCCUUUAAAACCCUCAAGGAUCAGAUCCAAACCAUCAGGAGAGCCAGGUCCAUCUCUCGCAGGGGAGCACAGGCCAGGAACCUCCCAUCCACUGGAAGAAGCUCUGGGCAGGUUGUCCCCCAGAUGACCAGAGGGGCCAGGUUUCAAAAAGGAGUGUUUACAAGUGUGCUCCUUGGAUGGGAUGUGUAUGACCUUGUGAACCAAUCAAAGGAUCUGUAUUAUGGGGCAAAAACAAAGUCAGGUGGAGCACUGCGGGACCUGGCUCGCAAGCUGGAGGAGAACCUUCAGGAAUUUGAGCAGAAGUGCAAGGCUCUGCAGUCAGACCUGCCUCAGUGACGCCCUCCCCUAAGCAGCUUAGAGUUCAGAGGACAUGAUGCUUAUAGGGGUGGGGAAACUUUUUUCAAACAUUAAUGUCAGAAAUAUUUAUUUUCUAGAAGAUCACACAAAGGUUGGUAGGAAGGGAGAAGGUAAAGUGUCUUAUGUGAAACCUGGGUUAAGGGCAGAGCAGCCUAAAGAAAUGGUGGCUGGAACAUACCAGAGGGACACCGGGACUGGAGAUGGCAGCCCAGGCCUGCACAGCGACACACAACCAUGCAACAACAUGUUGUAACAAGGGAAACAGCCUGAGGUCAAGUCCAUGGAAGAGAUUGUUGUGGAGUUUGAAUUUCUCUGGCUGAGCAGAGCGAGGUCAAUGUAGAUGGCCAGAGAUCCCAGGAGAAGAGGAAACUGGAGUCUAAAAGGGGAUCCGACUUCCGGCAGAGUGGAGACUGCAGACAAGUCAGCACCCAUCACUCUAACAACAGCCUGCUGCAUCUGAACAUCUGUGGGGCUCCUCGAGGUCUUGUGCUGGACUUGCUAAUGCUUAGCUGUCUGAGAAAUGAUAUUGCUUUA